AUGACCAUCUCCGAUCUUCUGGUGGGGUUCAUCAUGGCGAUCCGCAAGGGCAACACCUCUCAGACCAAUUUUAACAUCAGUGUUAUUCAAGGGGAGAAUGCUAGCGUCAUUGUAGUUCUUCAAGAGAACGCUACAAAACCAUCAACCUCAAUCCAGUCGGAUCAUAUCACAGUUGACACAGUUGAAGACGUUCGACAGCUUGCGGUGCUAAACGUCCUGAUUCUAAUAGCAUUCCACAUCGAGAAAAAGUUGCGGACGUACACGAACCAGUACAUCCUCAACAUCACCAUCUCCGACCUUCUAGUAGGCCUACUCUUUUCACUAUCAGCUAUGACAGUGGCAAUGAACGCCUUGAUUCUGAGGGCAUUCCACAUCGAAAGAAAAUUGCGCACCUAUUCCAACCAGUACAUCCUCAACAUCACCAUCUCUGAUCUUCUAGUAGGGAUCAUAAUGGCGAUCCGUAGCACCGUCAAUUUAUUCCGGAAAUGGAUUUUUGGGGACAUCGUCGGGCAUUUCUUUCUUGGUAUUCAAAAUUCAGUGAUUGGUGUGUCCGUACUUGGUAUCAUCGCGAUUGCUUCGGACCGUUACGUGGCAACCUCCUACCCGAUCCUGCAUUUUCAACGGAAGAAGAAAAGAAUAGCGCACCUUGUCAAUGGUCUCACUUGGGUGGUUGCUUUGUCCUUCUGGAUUCCUAUCACUACGAUCUGGAACCUGGUGUAA